AUGAAGGCAAUCAUUCAACGAGUAACAUCGGCCAGCGUUACGGUUUGCGAUGAAAGGGUUAGCAGCAUCGGCCGAGGACUGUGCGUUUUGGUGGGCAUCUCGAUGGACGAUAACGCGAACGAUGUCGACUGGCUGUAA